UUAAUUAAUUUAAGCCUUUAUUUGGCAACAUUAACUAAAACCCAGGUGCUAAUUUAUAAAAGGGGAGAUGUUGUAGCAGAGUAUUUAGGAAACAAAGAUUUCCUCUUUCUCAAACUCUUGAACUUAAACAGAGAAAAAAAAAAGAGAAAGAGAUAAAAAGAGAGAGAAAGAGAAAAGAAACAGAGUUUAUUUAUAUUUUUUUGUUGUUGUGUGUGUUUUGUCCAUAUCAUUGGUUGCACGUGGAAACCCAGAAGUUGGUAAAAUUGUCAAAAGCAUGGCUCUUUCUGGGGAUAAUAAUGAUAGAGGAGAAUUGAGGAUUCAUGAAAAUUUGGAUGAGCUAAGGACGGAUUUGGCUGACUAUAUUGCUGAGUUAUCAGAGGCUGCGGUGAAGGAGCGGGGCGUCUUUGCUAUUGCAUUGUCCGGAGGUUCUCUCAUUGGCUUAAUGGGAAAACUCUGUGAAGCUCCUUAUAACAAGACUGUAGACUGGGCUAAAUGGUAUAUAUUUUGGGCGGAUGAACGUGUUGUAGCAAAAAACCAUUCUGAUAGCAAUUAUAAACUUGCAAAGGAUGGCCUUCUUUCAAAGGUGCCAAUUGUUCCAAGUCAUGUCCAUUCUAUCAAUGAUUCAGUUUCAGCAGAGGAGGCUGCUGAUGAAUACAUGUUUGUUAUUCGGCAGUUAGUGAAAACACGGAUGGUAGGUGUUUCUGACAUUAGUGACUGCCCCAAGUUUGACCUUAUCCUUCUUGGGAUGGGCCCUGAUGGUCACAUUGCCUCGCUAUUUCCUAAUCAUUCAGUGCUUGAUGAGACAGACGAAUGGGUAACUUUCAUCACUGAUUCCCCCAAACCACCACCUGAGAGGAUAACAUUCACUUUGCCUGUCAUCAAUUCAGCGUCCAAUGUAGCAAUGGUUGUGACAGGUGAGAGCAAAGCAGAGGCUGUGCAUUCGGCAAUCGAUAACAUCGGACCUGACUGCCCGUCGCUGCCUGCACGGUUAGUCCAACCAUCGAAAGGGAAGUUGAUAUGGUUUCUGGACAAGCCAGCUGCAUCAAAACUAGACGGCUUCCAAUUCUCUGAGUAGGGUCCAGUUUUUUUCUUGUCAAAGUGUAUCUUUGUAUGUAGUGGAGGGUUUUGAAACCUGUUGAUCCUCGUCCUCGAUUAGUUCCUGGCUUCUUUUUCUUUUUACUUUGGGUUAAAUUCUUCAUUUCGGUUUUUCUUCCUCUCUUUUCUAUUUGAGAUGGGAAGUGUGAAAUCCGUUUUGUAAGGAGAGGUAAAUAAACGUUGGGUUCUUAAUGCAAAAGCUUUUACUUGGUUCAGGUUCCA